UUCGUUCACUUGUCUUGAAUGGAACAUGGCGGUGCUAGGCAGGAUGUGCAUAAGUUUUUAAUUUUGCAUUUAUUAUAAAAUCGAAGAUUUUUAACUAUUGUUUAUUAGAUGGUGAUUUUUUGUGAGCCGAAGUUGUUGUUAUUGUGCAAGGACAUCUUAUAACCAGCUCACUUUUAGGCUACCUUGACUUUUUGCAAUGAAAUUUGUUACUUCGCUGCUGGUGUAAAAAUAAUUGUGACAAAUAUAACACAUUAUCUCAGCAAGCUGUGGGUGCCAUGGCUACGCUGAUCCAAGAGAAUGGCAUCAGCAUCAGCAAUCACAUUGUGCCUGACCACGAGUACUGCGAGCCGGCGCGGGAGCCCGAGCCGCAGGCCGUGGCGCCGCCGGCGGCGCUCGACGCCGCCGCGCCGCCCGACGACGAGGAGACCCCCGAAAUAGACAUCAUGAUAAACAAUGUUGUGUGUAGUUUUAGUGUUAAGUGCCACUUGAACCUGAGACAAAUAGCUUUGAACGGUGUAAACGUGGAGUUCCGCCGCGAGAACGGGAUGGUGACGAUGAAGCUGCGGCGGCCGUACACGACGGCGUCCAUCUGGUCGUCGGGGCGCGUGACGUGCACGGGCGCCACCAGCGAGGAGCAGGCCAAGGUCGCGGCGCGCCGCUACGCGCGCGCACUGCAGAAGCUCGGCUUCCAAGUGCGCUUCCAGAACUUUCGCGUAGUCAAUGUAUUAGGAACCUGUCGAAUGCCCUUCGGAAUAAGGAUUACGGCAUUCUCCAACAAAUAUAGGGAGGCAGACUACGAACCAGAGCUUCACCCUGGUGUCACAUAUAAACUAUAUAAUCCUAAAGCCACAUUAAAAAUAUUCUCUACGGGAGGUGUCACAAUAACAGCUCGCAGCGUGGGCGACGUACAGUCGGCCGUGGAGCGCAUCUUCCCGCUGGUGUACGAGUUCCGCAAGAUGCGCACGCCCGAGGACGAGGAGCAGCUGCGCGCGCGGCGCGGUGGUGGCGGGGCAGGCGGGGUCGGGCCGCGCGCGCCGACGGCGCCGGACCCGGCGGCGGCGCGCGCGGCCGGCGCCGACGCCGACGCCUGGGAAUGA